GGAAGUCGUAUAGCAGGAAGAGGAAUCUGACAACAUGUGUGUUCAUGAUGCAUGUUAGCACCCUGACAGAGACUGUAGGUCAAACAGACAGUACACAACAACACAGCGUAGUAAUGAGAGGUUUAGCUUUCUGGUGCAAAAGCUGAGUUCUUCCACUGUUUGCUAGAAAACUGUGCAGCCAUGUCCGGAGUGUUAGCAAGGCUGCUCUUCUACCCGACGUUAGCCUACAAUGUUGCCAUGGAGAAGCUGACUUCGAGACGAUGGUUUGACAGAGUGGAUCAAACUGUGAUCCUCGGAGCGCUGCCGUUCAGGUCCAUGACCAAACAGCUGGUUGAAAAAGAAAACGUUCAAGGGGUGAUCACCAUGAAUGAAGAGUACGAGACCAAAUAUUUCUGCAACUCACUCGAGGAGUGGCAGGCUGCUGGCGUGGAGCAGCUGAGGCUCAGCACCGUGGACCUGACUGGUGUCCCCAGCAUGGAGAACCUCCACAGAGGCGUGGAGUUUGCACUGCAGCACAAAGAGCAGGGAACCAGUGUGUAUGUGCACUGCAAGGCCGGACGUUCCCGCAGCGCCACGUUAGCUGCUGCCUACCUUAUACGGUUACACUGCUGGACUCCAGAAGAAGCCUGUCAGAAACUGGCAUCUGUUCGCCCGCACAUCCUGGUGCGCUCCGCUCAGCUGGAGAUGCUGAGAAAGUACUACCAGCAGGUGUGCGCAGAGUCGGGCUGAGAGAGCGGGGCAGCGUGUCGGACCUCAUUACGUUCCCGCUGGAGGUGGGAAACUCAGAGCCUCGAUCAAAGCCACAGUCACAGGAAAUGCAGCUGUUGUCUUCUCCGCCAGUCCUCCUUAGCAUGCGUCUAACUGCAGAGAAGGAGAUGUCAAAUAAAUUAUUUAUCUUUUUAAAAUGA